UGGCUGCCGGCGGCGGCGGAGGAGGCGGCGGCGAGGCGAGUGAACUACAUCUUGGGAAAUAAAGAAAUGGAUGGGAUGGAUGAAACAUCUAAAAGAAUCCUAGAGCCAUACCAGUAUUUGCUUCAAUUACCAGGUCUGGGAGCAGCCCGGUUCCCGCGGUCCCGGGAUGGCUGCCGGGCUGCCUCCCGACGCGCUGGGUCGGCGGGUCGCCUGUGGCACCGACUACGGGACUGUGCGCUAUGUGGGCAGCGUGUCUCGUACUGCAGGAAUUUGGCUUGGUGUGGAAUGGGAUGAUCCUCAGAGGGGAAAGCAUGAUGGCAGCUAUGAAGGAACACAGUAUUUUAAGUGCAGGCAUCCGAAAGGAGGAUCGUUCAUCCGGCCCAACAAGGCAAAUUUUGGAGUAGGUUUUCUUACUGCAGUAAAGGAUCGGUAUGGACUGAAUGAUAAGCAGGAUGUUCAGUGUGGGACAGGGAAUACAGUAGUAUUUGGAACGAAGACUGUGGAAUUUGUUGGCAUGGAUUCUGUUGCAGAACAGCAAAGACAGCUGAACAAACUGGUGGAUAUCUCAGUGCGUGAGUGUGCAGUGAGCCAUGCUGGUCAGGAAGAAGAAAUCAGCAGAACGUGUGCCAAUAUGAGGCAUAUAAACCUAUCAAAAAAUCUGAUAUCAUCUUGGGAGACAGUAGUAGCUAUUGCUUCUCAAGUUCAAAAUCUGGAAACUCUUAAUGUCAGUGAAAACAAAAUGAGAUUUCCAUCUACAUCAACUUUUACAUCCAGCGCAUUUUCAAACUUGAAGAUUCUGGCCCUUAAUCAAACUGAAAUAACAUGGACAGAGGUUCUUCUUUGUGCUCAAGGAUGGCCAGUACUUGAAGAGUUGUACCUUUCUUCUAAUAAUAUUACAGUUUUGGAAAGGCCUGAUAAUGUCCUGCAGACCCUGAAGUUGUUAGACCUCUCAGACAACCAGCUACUGGAUGGAAAUCAGCUGCAUCUCAUAGCACAGCUCCCCAGAUUAGAACAGCUAAUACUUAGAAACACUGGGAUAUCUUCCAUACACUUUCCUGAUGCUGGAUUUGGAUGCAAAACUAAAAUGUUUCCUUCGCUAAAACGCCUUGCAAUAAAUGACAAUAAAAUAUCACAGUGGUCAUCUAUCAAUGAGCUUGAUAAACUGCCAAGUUUGCGGGCGCUGCAGUGUAACAACAACCCCUUCACGGACACAGAGAAGAAUCCAGAGACCAUGAAACAGCUCAUUAUUGCCAAGAUAAGUCAGUUGGAGGUUUUGAACAACUGUGAGAUCCUUCCUGCUGAAAAAAGAGGAGCAGAACUUGAUUAUCGCAAAAUAUUUGGAAAGGACUGGCUAGAAGCUGGUGGGCAUUGGAACCCAGAGAAAAACAAACCUAGUGAAGAAUUUCUUGCUGCCCAUCCCAGAUAUCCAACACUUUGUCUUAAAUAUGGAGCACCUGAAGAAGGAGAACUGAAGAGACAACAGCCUUUGACUCUGAAAAAUCAGCUCCUGACUUUGACAAUUAAAUGUCCUGAGAAACCUGAACAGAAGCCAGUGGAGAAAAAACUACCAGAGUCUAUGACUAUUCAGAAGGUCAAAGGACUGCUGUAUCGCCUAUUUAAAAUUCCUGGUUCGGACCUGAAACUGUCCUACGGAAGUUCUAAAUUGGAAGGAAAAGAAGUUGAACUGGACAAUGACUUAAAGCCUUUGCAGUUUUACUCAAUAGAAAGUGGAGACUGUGUGUUAGUACGGUGGUAAGAAGGGACUCUCUUGCUGCACUGAAGGAAAAACUGACACAAGAACUGCAGAAGAGAGACAGACACACAGCCUGUGCCUGAGCAGACAUACAGGUGAAUAUGAGUUUCACACACGUGGCACCAAAGGGCUGCACAACUGUACUUUCAGCUCCUCAACUUGAUCAUCAGCCUCCAUGAAAACAUCUGCUCAUUCGUCCUACUGGAGAGAUACCAAAUAGUGCUUAAAUGCUUCAAUUAAAUAAAACUCAAGGUCACCCUUUUGCCAAGAUUUUAUACUGCCUGCCCCCAGCAGUCGUGAGAAUUUGUUUUACUGAACCGAGUACCGGCUUGAGUUGUGAUCUCUUUGCUGACAAGACAAGAUCAGUGCUGCACUGAGAGGCCACUUGCUCUUUGUUUUCACCUACAUCCAACCGACCUCAAAGUGAACAAAACCCAGUAGUAAUUUUAGAAGUAUCUACCUUAGAUGAUUAAGGUCAAAAUCUGCCAGACCUUUCUUCUAUCCUAGAGUGUUAACAUACCACAUGAUAAAUAAGUUCUCAGCACACUGCAAGGCAUUGCUAUUUAUUUUACGAUCUUCAGCUGUUCCUCAAUCUUAUUUUAUUUUCACUUGUGUAACCUCAGAUUCAUAUCUAGUCAGAGUGAGCUCUCAGAAAUCCCUCCUAAAUCAGGCCAAGCCUGCACUACUUGAAGAUUUGGUAUAAGCAAACCUUGAUUUUAUUUUGAUCUAAAAUAACAAUGGUAUAAACAAAGUAAUCACAAAUCCUAGCCCCCCACUGCUGUCCCUGUCUCUGCACAGAUGAGGGCAAUCCCUCAGCAGAGAACCUCCUGCAGCAAGACUUACCAAGCUGCCCUGGUGCUGAGCACAACUCUCCUCAGGAGCCUGGGAACAGCCCUAUACUGAAUCAAAUCAGUAGUGCUUUAAUUUACAAAAGACAGGCUAGUUGGCAUUCUUAUGUGCAUUUAUUAAUUACAAGUAGGUCUUUGACUUUAUAUAAAAAGGAUUUUUUUUAAAUCUUGAACAUUUUGGUUUUUGUCUGAUCAACAUCUAUACUAUAGAAAAUGAAUAGUAUCAGUCCACUUGUAAUUAUCAAAAGGGAUGUGCAAAUAUUGUUAUACUUUAAUUGAAACCCAGCAUUAAAAGGUACCUUAAUAUUUCUUAUUGUUCCUGGAAUGAAUCCAAAUGUACACUUUUCCAUCACCAUUAUACACUGCCCUGUUUUCCAAGGCAAGUCCAUCAUCUUUCCUCACAUCUACAUGGAUCUCCACACAGUUCCUUUAAUCUCCAGAGCUCUCCCAGCUCCUGCGGCGAGUACUGGGGGGAAGACAGCAUGCCACUCUCACAUGUCUUCUCACACAACCAGAGACCAUCCUGUUAAGAGAGAGAAACAUUUCAAUAGUUUUCCUUAGCAAGUAUGUAGUCUCCAACAAUCUUCACUUCCAAGAAUCAGGUGUUUAUUGUUUCUAGCAACAAACAUUGCACACAAAGCUCCCAAACUGAUCUGCUAGACCUGUUCAGAGAACUUGGGGGUAGGGAUGGAGGCUGCAGGUGCUUUGUGGUAGUUUUGUGUUUUUUCAUUCAAAUACAUCUUCAAAAAUUUUUCUGCCUCUGGAUUUUAAUUCAAUGGUUAUUGCAAUUCAUUUUUAA